AUGGGCGCGGGGGCGCUCGCCCUGGGUGCCUCCGAGCCCUGCAACCUGUCAUCCGCCGCGCCGCUCCCCGACGGCGCGGCCACCGCGGCGCGGCUGCUGGUGCCUGCGUCCCCUCCCGCCUCGCUGCUGACCCCAGCCAGCGAGGGAUCCGUGCAGCUGUCGCAGCAGUGGACGGCUGGCAUGGGCCUCCUGAUGGCGCUCAUCGUGCUGCUCAUCGUGGCGGGCAACGUGCUGGUGAUCGUGGCCAUCGCCAAGACGCCGAGGCUGCAGACGCUCACCAACCUCUUCAUCAUGUCCCUGGCCAGCGCCGACCUGGUCAUGGGGCUGCUGGUGGUGCCAUUCGGGGCCACCAUCGUGGUGUGGGGCCGCUGGGAGUACGGCUCCUUCUUCUGCGAGCUCUGGACGUCGGUGGACGUACUGUGCGUGACGGCCAGUAUCGAGACCCUGUGUGUCAUCGCCCUGGACCGCUACCUCGCCAUCACGUCGCCCUUUCGCUACCAGAGCCUGCUGACCCGCGCGCGGGCACGGGCCCUCGUGUGCACCGUGUGGGCCAUCUCGGCCCUGGUGUCCUUCCUGCCCAUCCUCAUGCACUGGUGGCGGGACAAGGGUGCCGAGGCACGCCGCUGCUACAACGACCCCAAGUGCUGCGAUUUCGUCACCAACAGGGCCUACGCCAUCGCCUCGUCCGUGGUCUCCUUCUACGUGCCCUUGUGCAUCAUGGCCUUCGUGUACCUGCGGGUGUUCCGCGAGGCCCAGAAGCAGGUGAAGAAGAUCGACAGCUGCGAGCGCCGCUUUCUCGGCAGCCCCGCGCGGCCGCCCUCGCCCGCGCCCUCGCCCGGGUCCCCGCUCCCUGCCGCCGCUGCCGCAGCCCCGGUAGCCAACGGGCGCACCAGCAAGAGGCGGCCCUCGCGCCUCGUGGCCCUGCGAGAGCAGAAGGCGCUCAAGACGCUGGGCAUCAUCAUGGGCGUGUUCACGCUCUGCUGGCUACCCUUCUUCCUGGCCAACGUGGUGAAGGCCUUCCACCGCGACCUGGUGCCCGACCGCCUCUUCGUCUUCUUCAACUGGCUGGGCUACGCCAACUCGGCCUUCAACCCCAUCAUCUACUGCCGCAGCCCUGACUUCCGCAAGGCCUUCCAGCGCCUGCUCUGCUGCGCGCGCCGGGUCGCCCGCGGGAGCUGCGCGGCCGCCGGGGAUGGGCCGCGCGCCUCUGGCUGCCUGGCGGUGGCCCGGCCGCCGCCGUCGCCCGGGGCCGCCUCGGACGACGACGACGACGAAGAAGACGUCGGGGCCGCGCCGCCGGCGCCCCUGCUGGAGCCCUGGGCCGGAUAUAACGGCGGGGCGGCAGCUGACAGCGACUCGAGCCUGGACGAGCGGAGCCCCGGGGGCCGCGCCUCGGAAUCCAAGGUGUAG